UUUGUCCAACCAUGAAAUGAAAGCGCGGAGGUUUUGAAACGUCUAAAUUUCUGUUGUAUGGAUAAAAGACUGCUUGUCAGUGUAUUUGCUGUGUCUACACUGCUAGCUAUUUGUUUUCCAUAUGCAGCUAAUCAUAUGUUUCACUAUUUAGCCGUUUUAUUUAAAGAGGACAUUGAUGUUGCUAUUUGCAUUUUAUCGUCACGUGAUCACUUUGAGCAUCGAGAUGCUAUCAGGGAAACGUGGCUCAGUAACCUGAGGAGUGACACUAUACUAGGAUACAGUGUAAAAGCUUGGUUCAUGGUAGGAGAAACUUGCUGUACUUUACCAAUGGAAGACCGGCUGGAUGAGUAUGACUGUCAUCCCUGGAAUCCAGAACCUCGGAAUGAUAGCAAGGAUGUUGCAGUAUUCUCUGGAGCUAGUGGGAAAGACCCUGACCAUGUGGUUGAUCUUGUAGCCAGCAGACUUGCAGUCAAAGUUUUACAUCCGGUUGUGUUAAAAAGAAUUGGAAUACUUGCUGGUUAUGGUGACUCCGUGACAGUUACACUGUGGAAUGGUUUGACAGAUGAAGAAUUAAUUACAGUGUCUUUUAGUGAAAAAGAUAGAGGAAUUGAGUACCAUGGUUAUAGAUAUCAAGCUAUUCAGCCCAUGAUCCUACCAAAGGGUUUUGAAUGUGAGUUGGCGACAAACCAAUCAGCACCUAAUCCUCGGCAUGCCGGUGAGACGGGCUUGCGUGGAGCUGAGAGGAUUGCCACGAAUGAUGAGGGAGUUCUCCUUGUGCAGAAAUUGAACGAUGACCGUACCAAUGUGGAAGAAUCGACCAGUUCCAUCUCUGUGGUUUCUAUCAUGUUUGCUGUGAAUGAUGUUGAUCAGCUUAAUACUCACAUUGAGAACAGAUAUGAAAGACAACGGUUGUGGCAGGACAAGAUGGCGCAAGAUGAAGAAAAACUUAAAGAAGAAUCGGCCAUCCAUGGUGAUGUAGUCAGCGUUGGUGUUCUGGAUGUGUACAGAAACCUGCCACAGAAACUGCUGCAGUGUCACCAAUGGAUCUCUGACCAUUUUAAUGUGAAGUAUGUGUUGAAGACAGACGAUGAUUGUUUUGUUGAUAUACAGAAUAUUCUCAGUAGUCUGAAAAAAAUAGAAAAUAGAACUAAAGUUUGGUGGGGAAGUUUCCGUGAUGAAUGGCUUGUUGAGAGAUAUGGAAAAUGGAAAGAGAGAUCCUUUGCUUCAUCCGUCUUCUCCAAAUUUGCCUGUGGCUCUGGAAGUGUUGUUUUUGAAGACUUACACCAGUGGCUGGCCACAAACAGUGAUUAUCUUCAUGCUUUUGAGGGUGAAGAUGUGGCAAUGGGGAUCUGGUUGGCUGCCAUCAACCCAUCAUACAUACAGGACAGUAACUGGAAAUGUGACAAGACAUGUACCACAGGACUAUAUACACUGCCAGAACUGACACCACAGGAAAUGAGACGGCACUGGAGAAACAAAAUAAACUGUGAUGAUCCCUGUAAAACAUGUUAAUGGGUUGAAUCCAUUUUAUCACAACUUUACAAAGAAUAUUUUAUCAAUGGUUAUGCCAGAUAACAAAGACACACUUGGAUGAAAAAAAAGAAGUUUGUUUUGUUUAAUGACACCACUAGAGAACAUUGAUAUUUGGUAAUUUUGACAUAUAGUCUUGAAGUCACCUGCUGCAUGUUUCCAUUUGUGGCAAGG